AUUGAAGUCAGGUGUUUCAAUCACCUCCAUCAACACAGUUGUAUAAAAUCAAGCACCUAGGCAUGCAGACUGCUUCUACAAACAUUUUUGAAAGAAUGGGUCACUCUCAGGAGCUCAGUGAAUUCAAGCAUGGUACCGUGAUAGGUUGCCACCUGUGCAAUCAGUCCAUCCAUGAAAUUUCCUUGCUAAUAAAUAUUCCACGGUCAACUGUUAGUGGUAUUAUAACAAAGUGGAAGCAACUGGGAACAACAGCAACUCAGCCACAAAGUGGUAAGCCACAGUGCGCAGAAGUGGCCAACUAUCUGCAGAGUCAAUAGCUAAAAACCUCCAAACUUCAUGUGGCUUUCAGAUUAGCACAACAACAGCCUUGUUGCAAUAGUUAGAUAAGCACAACAACAGAGGCCAAAUAAUUCAU